AACUACUGAGUUUUUGGAAGUUCAGUCUUUAUAGCACGCUCAGUUGGAAAAGAUCAUCGAAAAGGGCUGUUGCUAAAAGUGAUACUUAGUUAGUCAGAAAUACCUACGAGAAAAUCAAAAAAAUGGGAAAACCAGUUUUAUUCUAUGCUACACUUAGUCCACCAUCGCGUGCAGUUCUAUUGACAGCAAAUGCACUUGGCGUUGAAUUGGAAUUACGCUCCAUUAACCUAUUAAAAGGCGAACAUCUAACAGAGGAUUUCGUAAAGAUGAAUCCACAACAUACCAUACCAACUUUGAUCGACGAAGAAAAUAUCAUUUACGAUUCUCAUGCAAUCUGUGGUUACUUGGUGGACAAGUAUGGAAAGGAUGAUAAGCUGUAUCCAAAGGAUCUGGUUAAACGUGCUCAAGUGAAUGCUCGUUUACAUUUCGACUCUGGACAUUUAUUUGCACGUUUACGUUUCUUGUAUGAACCCAUUUUAUAUAACGGUUCAACAGAUUGCUCAAUGGAUAAGAUUGCUUACAUACAGAAAACUUAUGAAAUCAUGGAGGAAAUGUUGAAAGAGCAUCCUUAUGUGUGUGGUGAUGAUUUGACCAUCGCCGAUUUUUGUUGCGCAGCAACAAUUACAUCCGUUGAUGAAGUAGCGCCAGUUGAUGAGUUCAAAUUUCCAAAGUUGUUGGCUUGGUUGAAACGGUUGUCUGAGUUGCCAAAUUACCAGAAAAUCAAUCAAGAUGGUGCUGAUGAACUAAAGAGAAUCUUCAAAGAAAUUUUAGCUAACAACCGUACAAAACAAAAGUGAUUAUGUAUUUUCUAACUGCAUUCACAUGUAUGUAUGUAUAACUUUAACUAAGAUGGCAAAUAAAAUUGUUAUAAAGAAUUCA